AUGGCCCCGACCCUCCUUCUCCUCGCCCUCGCCCACACCCUCGUUCUCUCGCUCCUCCCUCUCGUCAUCCUCCACCUCCCUCGCCUUGCGCGGUCUGCCUCGCCAAUCCAGAGCAGUAUCAUCGGCACGUCGACCUUGUGUGUCGGCUUGUACGGCGCGUGCGCCCUCGUUGCGCUCGCAGGCUCGGGCGUCGAGAACGGCCGGGUUGCUUCGCUCGUUGCGGGCACGAUGGCCUGCGUCGGCUCUCUCUUCAUGGACAUCUUCCUCAUCCUCAACACGUGCGGCGCCGACGACCAAGAUCAAGACGCCGAGAGCCGCUCGCGCUCGAACGGCGACCGGCUCGCUCUGGCGGCCACGGUCCUGCACGUCGUCCUCCUCUGCGUCGCCCUUCCUCACUCGACGACCCUCGCCCUCUCGGUCGGCCGCGCCGUCCUGCACCUCGUCUUGCUCGCCCUCGUCUCUCUCCUUCUCACUCGAAAGCUGUUCCUCGACGGACCAAGCUUCGACGCCGAGCGCUGCGCGCAUCUUCAGCCGGCGACAUCCACUAGCGGCGCCUGGUACGCGCCGUCAAGAGCCAGUACUCGCCGCAUCGUCAAGGUCUUCUCGCUGCAGGCCGUCCUCAUCUUCGCACAGCUGUUCGGCAUCGCGCUCGACAUCACCUCGGUCAUCUUUCCCGUCCGCCAGAACUACAUCAUCCUCGACGGCAUCGGCGGCAGGUCCGCUCCGACCCUGUUCGGCACAACCAGCUCGACGACCGCCUACGUCGUCGUGAGCUGCCUCGUCCUCUCGAGGUGGGCGUUGACGCUCUCGGUCGCAGGCUCGACCACCUUGCCCGCUCGGACCCCUCAUCUCGAUCGCCGUUCCCUCACGCCCUCUGCCUCGGUCCGGCACCUUCGUCCUCAUCGUUCGCCCUCGUUCAACCCCCUCGACUCGACGUUCUCGUCCUGGGCCCACCCGUCGCCGCUCGCGACGUCCCGUCGACUCGCCACGGGUUCGCCCGACCGGCCCACGGCGAGGGCGUACCGCUCGCCGGUCCAGCAGUCGUCGGGCUCGGCGCCUUUCGGCAGCAACUCGGCCAAGCGCAAGGCCGCAGCGCACACGUCGUUCCUGUCACUCGGGACGACCGGCGACACCGAGCCGUCGGACCAGGACGCCCUCGAGCUCGAGCACCCGUACAUGCACUCGCACCUCCAGACGAUGCCCACGUCGACGUACGCGUCGUCUGUCGACGGCGCCGACGACGAGGACGAGCACGGCCGGUCCGAGGACCUCGUCGUGCCGCCGUCGCCCUCGCCGCUCCCGAGCGGCCGCCGCACGGGCCGCAUCUCGCCGUCGCUCCCGCCCAUGUUCUCGCAGCGGCGCACGAGCCUGACGCAGCGCGCACACCACUCGCUGCCGCCGCUGCUGACGAGCACGCCGCCGCCUUCGUCGUCGAGGGCGUUCGCGCACGCGCAGGCGGGCCACAGCACGGCCGACGAGCUGUCGAGCUCGCCGACGCUCGAGCAGUCGGUCGGGCGCGGCUAUGGGCGUCGUACGAGCAGCGCCCUGAGCACCCUGCCCCUCCUCUCGCGCACCUUCACCCGCACCUUCUCGGCGCACGGGCCUUCGCCCUCGUCCGCCGUCACCGCCCGUCCCGCCUCGCCCUACCGCUUCCCGCACCACCGCUCCUCGUCGACCUCGCGCUCGUCCGAGCGUGGUCGCGCACCGAGCCACCCGUCGACCGACGCGCCCUCGUCCAAGUACUUCUCGCCCAUGUCGUCGCCGCGCCCGGUGCGCCCGCAGCCGACGAGGAGCGCAUCGUCGUCGCCGCGCAAGCUCCGCCGCCCAUCGCUCCCGCGCCUCGGCCCGGUGCCCGACGCGCGCAUGAGCUCGACGCGCUCGGCGUCGCCGGCGGCCGCGUCGACCUUGUCGCCUUCCCUCGGCGGUCGUCGCCGCAGCGGGUCGGUCGGCAGCUUGCUGCGCAGCGUGGCGGCGGGCAGGAGAACGAGCGGCAUGGGCACGGGCAUGAGCGGGAGGAGCAGCACGACGCCGACGCCGACGGGCGACAUGUCGUUCUGGGAGGUCGAGCCGAACGAGUCGGAGGACGACCCGUUCGCGGCGCGCUCGAUCCCGCCCUCGAUCUCGUCGGCCUCGCUGCGCGGCGCACGCUCGAUCGCCUCGCUGCGCCCGUCGUCGGCGUCGGGCGCACGGUCGACGCUCGACGUCGCCGACGAGGCGGGCGCGAUCAGGCUCCGCCGCGCGCUCGAGGCGAUCCACGAGCCGGCGACCGAGGGCAGCCACGAGGGCAGCGCGAGGACGAGCAGGUACUCGGCGCCGGCGCCGGGCAGCGAGGGCGAGCACGAGGCGUUCGAGCGGGUCUUGACGCCGGCGCCGUCGCGCGCCUCGGUCGACGAGUCGACGUUCGGCGGCGCGAGCGGGCUCUACCGCCAGGCGUCGAGCACGGGCUCGCAGUUCCGCGAGCACCUCGAGUCGCCGUCGUCGGCAUCGUCGCUCUCGAGCGCGGCGGCGCUCCAGCUCGGGCUCGUCCUGCCCACCGACAACGCGCUCGGCCUCGAGACGCCAUUCGGCUCGGCGCCGAGGAGGCGCACGGACCAGAAGUCGUCCAUGUCGCCGACGGUCCUCACGGGCAGAAGGCCGAGCCUGCCACUCGCCAGCAGCGUCGACGCCGUCGACGAGGAGCUCGAGCCGCAGCCACAGCUUCUCGCGUUCGGCGUCAGCACCCGCAGCCCCGACCAGCUCUACUCGCCGUCGUCCUUCCCGCCGGUGCAGUGCGAGUCGGCCUUCCCGACGAGGCGCGGCAGCUGCGUUCGUCCGUCGAUCCUGCCGACCAACUCGUCGCCCGCGUCUCUCGCGUCCACCCCGCCCUCGGGCAGCGUCCGCCGCCGCGGCAGCCUCCUCUCGCGCUCCAAGCGCACGACCUCGUCGCCGUCGCUCCUCAUGACGUCAGCGCUCGCGCUGCGCCGCAUGCGUCGUCGCUCGCCGUCGCCGCAAGAGGAGUCGCGCGCGUCCGAGUCGUCGGGCCUCUCCUUCGCCUGCCGCGGCCCGUCGACGAGCGGCAGCGACCUCCGCGCGUCGAGCCUGGUUGCUCCUACGCGCCCGCAGGCGAGCGCGCGCUCGAGCAGCGACGGCGAGAACGCGCUCGAGGUCGUCGCAGGGAGCGGCGGCGAGACGACGGUCCAGCCUGGUGCUGCGCCGACCCGCAGGCCGUGGUGGAACCGCAUCCCGGGCGGUCGUACGGGCACCCCGUACCUGCGCUCGUCGGCGUCGUCGAUCGUGCCGCGCCGCUCGUCGUCGUCGCCCGGGCUCAGCCUCGCGCGCUCGGCCAGCCUCGGCUCGUCGGCCCUCAUCCCGCCGCGGUCCUCGCUCGGCGGCGACUCGAGCGCAUCGUCGUCGCACGUGCACGGGCGCAGCAACUCGCUGCCCCUGCUGUCCGGCCUCAACGCCAUGCGCUGGUCGCAAGUGCAACUUCCCGCCAUCCACGACGUCUCGCCUUUCGGCUCGUCGAUCUUUCACUCGCGCCGCAGCGGCAGCAGCGACGAGCGCCGUCGACCCGACCCGAUCCCGUCGUUGCCGACGUCGCUCGCGGCGCAGCACGCCCUCCUCCCCGUCCCGCUCGACACCUCCCUCGGCGACCGGGUCACCUCGCGCACCUCUUUCCUCUCGAUCGCCUCGAGCGCGCCAUCGCGCACGUCGUCGUCCUUGCGACGCCUCGACGCGAUCAAGCGCGAGGACGUCGUCAACGAGCUCGACGUGCUCGUCGGCUCCCUCGGCGCGAGCUUCGUCGGCCCGGCGCCGCAGUCGCUCUGCGGGAGCUACGAGUUCCCCGACCGCAGCUUCUCGUCGUCGGGCGGCACGCCGCCUGACGCCGUCGACGACGAGCAGCAGCAGCUGUCCCCCGUCACGGUGUCCUCGUCCACCCCGACCCGCUCGCCGACGUCGCUCGCCUCGUCGACGCCCCUCUCGGCCCUCUUCUCGCCGCUUUCCAACGUCGUCGACGAGGACGACGACGACGGGUGGACGCGCAGGCCUAGCGCGGCGAGCGACGCGCUGAGGAGCCCGCUCACGCCGGCGAGCGCGGGCCUGAGCGCGUCGAGAUGGGGAUCGUUCUCGGACGCAGCCGGCGACGAGGGCGGGUGGCUUGUCUGGCGCGACAGGGUCGCGCAGAAGCCGGAGGAGGGAGCGAUGGACGGCUCGGCGCAGGAGACGCUCGAGGUCGACGCUCGUCGCGGCUGA